CAAAGAGCGCUGGAGUAUGUUCAUAAUAAAGACGUCACCCUGUGCUUUGACCGUGCCAACCAAGUGCGCAGCUCUUAACUGUACAACUACAAUCUCGACAUGCUUACGAACGACCGAGGAAUCCUCACAUCCCCUGCGCUCGUCAACACAAACAUUCUGGCACCGACAUCUGCAGUGGGUCGGUAGCCAAGACACCGUUUUUCACUACAGGACGUUUUUGGGCACGCGGACUUCUUUGCUGCGCACUUGAAGCUGAAGCUGAUUCGCGAGGAUUUAAAGGAAGGAGCAGGGACUCUUAAGUAUUGCUCCUGUGAUGGAGGAGGUGUCAGGUCCCCGGUCCUGCACUGCAAAGCCCCCACGCAGUCUGCUGGAAUGGAAGAAGAGAGUCAAGUCUGAGUACAUGAGGUUGAGACAGUUGAAACGCUUUCGCAAAGCUGAGGAGGUCAAGGCUCUAUUCCAGUCGAAUCGCCGUAAGAUUGAAGAAAGAACCGAGCUGCUGAAUGAGGAAUGGUCCAAGCUCCGAAUCCAGUCCAUUCCUCUGUCCACAACCAGUGGCUCUCUGCCCAACAAAAAGUUGUGCAUGGUAGAGUUUGGCUUUCCGUCCUUUCCGAACCAGGCAGUUGCCAUGCGUCCCUUGACAACUGUUGCUGGGAUACCAUUCAUGUACUCCUGGUCCCCUUUGCAGCAGAACUUCAUGGUGGAAGAUGAGACAUUUCUGCAUAAUAUCCCUUACAUGGGAGAUGAGGUGUUGGAACAGGAUGAGGCUUUCCUGGAAGAGCUUAUUGACAAUUAUGACGGGGUGCAUGGUGACAGAGAGGGAGGAUUCAUAAAUGAUGAGAUCUUUAAGGAGCUGGUCGAGGCAUUGAGCCAAUACUCAGACCCAGAGGAAGAAGAGGAGGAAGAACCUACAGAGAGAGCAGAGAAUAAGGUGGAGGAGGAGGAGGAGGAGGAGGAGGAGGAGAAAGGGAUGCAGAAAAGUGUAGCAGAAGGACCUGAGGAGUCAAAAGGGGGCUUCUUCAAGAGAAAGAGGAGGAGCACUGCUGAAGGACGAGAGCUCUCCACCAAUAAGAAGAUUCCUCAUGACAAGAUUUUCACAGCUAUUGCGUCCAUGUUUCCAUACAAAGGCACCAUGGAGGAGCUGAAGAACAAGUAUAAGGAUCUCCUGGAGCCGUCCAGCCCUGUGAAGUUGCCUCCUCUCUGCACACCCAGCAUGGACGGCCCCUUUGCCAAAUCUGUUCAGAGGGAGCAAAGUCUGCACUCUUUUCAUACACUUUUCUGUCGCCGCUGCUUUAAAUACGACUGCUUCUUGCACCCUUUCCAUGCAUCUCCUAAUGUAUAUAAGAGGAAGAAUAAAGAGAUCCGUAUGGAGACGGAGCCCUGUGGACUGGACUGCUUCCUGCUGCAGAAAGGGGCAAAAGAGUUUGCUGAUCAAAACAUGCUGAGGUCUCAAAGGCCCCGGCGUCGACGCCGACAGCCCCGCCCCUCAAGUUCAUGUGGUCCCUCAGGCUCCGGUGAGGAAGGAAAAGAAGGAGACAGCGACCAUGAGACCACCAGUUCCUCAGAGGGUAACUCUCGGUGUCCCAGUCCCACUAAACUGAGACCAGGGGAGGAAGGAGCAGAGGAGUCUGAGUUGCCUCCUCAGUGGAGUGGAGCAGAGGAGUCUCUGUUUAGAGUCCUGCACGGCACAUAUUACAACAACUUCUGCUCUAUUGCACGACUCAUUGGCACAAAGACGUGUAGAGAGGUAUAUGAGUUUGCAGUGAAAGAGGUGCUGAUUCAUCGUGUUCCACUGGACGAUGGUGGGAUCUCACCUCAGAAGAAAAAACGAAAGCACAGAUUAUGGGCAAAGAUACAGCUGAAGAAAGACAACUCAUCCAAUCAAGUGUACAAUUAUCAGCCAUGUGACCACCCUGAGCACCCAUGUGAUAGCUCCUGCCCAUGUGUGAUGACACAAAACUUUUGUGAGAAAUUCUGCCAGUGUGAUCGUGAGUGUCCAAAUCGGUUUCCUGGCUGUCGCUGCAAGACUCAAUGUAACACCAAGCAGUGUCCGUGUUACCUGGCCGUGCGGGAGUGUGACCCUGACCUCUGCAUGACCUGUGGGGCCGCAGACCACUGGGACAGCAAACAGGUCUCCUGCAAGAACUGCAGCAUCCAGAGAGGACUCAAGAAGCACCUGCUCCUGGCCCCGUCUGAUGUUGCAGGGUGGGGUACAUUUAUCAAAGAGCCAGUCCAGAAGAACGAGUUCAUCUCUGAGUACUGUGGAGAGCUUAUUUCCCAGGAUGAAGCAGACAGGAGGGGCAGAAUCUAUGACAAGUACAUGUCCAGCUUUCUGUUCAACUUGAACAAUGACUUUGUAGUGGAUGCCACUCGAAAAGGGAAUAAAAUACGAUUCGCCAACCAUUCUGUCAACCCCAACUGUUACGCAAAAGUUGUCAUGGUUAACGGCGAUCACCGCAUCGGAAUCUUUGCCAAGCGCUCCAUACAACGAGGAGAAGAGCUCUUUUUUGAUUACAGGUACAGUCAAGCGGAUGCAUUGAAGUAUGUGGGCAUUGAGAGGGAAAUCGAAAUUGUGUAGAUAUGCAUCUUGAGCGUGCCCACGUUUAGCUGGUAACAUUUUUGCCUACCCACAAUGCUUUGCACUUCACUGAGGGUGAGAUUUAAGAAUUCCCAUGGGGCAUAUUUUUGUAAUGACAUCACAGAUUGAUCUGAUGAUGCAGUCAGAGUGUGAUGUCACUACUUUAACCUGUGGUUUAACUGAAUUGUCUGAACAAGCGUUUUUGUUUACUUUUUUGUGAUGAUGUUUGUGAUGACAUUGAAGAAACCAAAAGGUGUCCUGAAAAUGAUAAAUCCACUCCUCUACAUUUGCACUAUAUAUGGCCAAUACCACAGGAUAUUGAUAGACGGCAUAAUUUUCUCUGUCAUGGAAGGAAGAAUGCCAGUUCAGACAAUUAUCAUGAAGUUUUUUUUUUUUUUUAAUACAUUAAAUUUUUCCAUUCAAAAUGCUUUGUAAACAGCCUUUGAAAUAGCUAUAACCUCUAUAUGCUCAAUAUAUACUGUAACUGCAAACUGAAUGCAUCACACCUAGCCGUCGUUGUGGUUUCUGUUCAAAAUAUUCUGUAGUGCAAAACAUCAAGCAAUAUUUCAUUGUUACAUUUGCACUUAUAGUCAGUCAGGUCAGUAUCUUCUCUUUCUAGAACAAACUUCAGUAAACAUGUCUGCUACCUGGUGUCAUUUGAUGUUAGCCUGUUACUGUAAUGUGCAUUGCUCUUGCAGUCCAUAUCUAUCUAUCUAUCUAUCUAUCUAUCUAUCUAUCUAUCUAUCUAUCUAUCUAUCUAUCUAUCUAUCUAUCUAUCUAUCUAUCUAUCUAUCUAUCUAUCUCUUCAUCAGCUAUAAGCUGCUUGCUGUAUUGCACAAUGCUGGCUCGUUUUGUCAGAUAUUACUAUUCUAACUAACAUAGCACCAAGGCAGUUAAUCUUCAUUUCUGCUUAAACUGUAUGAGGUUAAAUAUUGUUAAUGUUGUGUAGAAAUAAACAAAAUAAGUAACCAUAUAAACCGACAGACUGAAUGUGAACUGUGAGCUAAAGAGCGACUUAAAGGACAUUGUUUAGCAGACUUUUUUAAAGAGUGAGUGUACAAAAUAGGCCUAACAAGGGUUAGGGUUUGAGUUCCACUGUACCAUUUUAUGUAAAAUAAAGAGCUAAACCAAAUGAUCAUAUUUGUUUAACAUGCAUGCCCUAGAUUGUAACUGCACUUCACAUUUCUACUAAAUGAAAAUAUGGAAAAUAUGCUGAGAAAAUAAUGUCUUGUAAAUUUAGUUACAUUUUUAUCUGAACUAUUUUGUGCUUUAUUUUUAUCCCAAAAGCCCACAGAAAAGAGCUUUCCGAAAAAGUCAAGUGCAGUUGAAUUUACAGAUAUGUUUAGAAGCAGGUAUAUAUAUGUUUAGAAAAUGUAGUAAUGAACACAUGAAUGGUCCUUUGGCAAGUGACAAAAACAAGAGAAGUGCCUGUCUGAAAUGAUUCAUUUUAGAAAGAGUCCUCAGAGUUUUUGUUUCCUUCAGACUUUUUAUUAAAGUGUCAUUUGGGAUUUGUA